AAAAGAACCCAGGUAGUGAGAAGAAACACGUUUAAAAGGCCACACUCCUGAACAGUAACUCCGAACAAUACAUCAGUUUUGGCUAAUGAGAGAAAAGAGAAGGAAAAAAAAAAAAAAAAAAAAGAAGAAGAACUAGAUGGUGAGGAGGGGCUUGCUGGAGUGCUGUUCGGAAGGCCACUACGUCUCCUAUCAACUGUGACGUCAGGAUGUAAACAGGAGCACGCGGCGCCUCAUAGCUGGUGAUUCGCGCUGGUGUCUGCUGCCUCCCUCCUUUCUCUCGGUGAUCCCUGGUGGUGCUUGCUGUCUGCCUUCUUUCCUCUCAAGCUUUGCAGCAGUAACGGUGAGCAGGGCAAGCAGGGCCUUUGUGCAGCACCGUCACCAUGUCUAGCAAACGACCUGAGCACCAGGCUCCCCCCGAGGUGUAUUAUGGUGAGAAUGAGGCGAGGAAGUACACACAAAACACUCGCAUCAUUGAAGUGCAGGAGAAGUGCACUGAGAGAGCCUUGGAGCUGCUGGCCCUUCCCCCUGACACCUCUGCCAUGCUGCUGGACUUGGGGUGUGGCUCGGGCCUGUCUGGUGAAGCCAUCACGGAGAACGGCCACCACUGGGUGGGCAUGGACAUCUCCUCUUCCAUGCUGGAUGUGGCCCUGGAGCGGGAGGUGGAAGGAGACAUGCUGCUGGGAGAUAUGGGUUCUGGGGUUCCCUUCCGUCCUGGGAUGUUUGAUGGCGCCAUCAGCAUCUCGGCAAUCCAGUGGUUGUGUUACGCUGACUCGGCCACACAUCGGCCGGCCAAGAGGCUCUACAGGCUCUUCAUGACUCUGUUUGCCAGCCUGUCCCGGGGCAGCAGGGCGGUGUUCCAGUUCUACCCAGAGAAUGAUGCACAGGUGGAGCUGGUGGUGUCCCAGGCCAUGAGGGCGGGCUUCACUGGCGGCCUGGUGGUGGACUUUCCUAACUCUACCAAGGCUAAGAAAAUCUACUUAGUGCUGAUGACAGGGGGAGCAGCACCCCUGCCCAGUGGCCUGCAGGAGGAGGGGGCGGCAGGAAGCACACAGGCGCUCUAUCAGAGAAGGGAGCGCAUGAAGCAGAUGCGAGGUUCCCGGCAGCCCAAGAAAGCCUGGAUCAUGCAGAAGAAGGAGCGUCGGCGGAAGCAGGGACGGGAGGUGCGGCCCAACUCCAAGUACACGGGACGCAAGAGACCAGAGAGAUUCUAGCCUGGCAACAGCUGUGGUGGUGUGGGCUGUGCUGCAGGGACCCCUUGGCACACCAACUGCUGUGCUGUGCUGGCAGUUGGAAGCUGAUGGAGUCAUGUGAACGGUGUGCCUCAGUGUUGGGACAUUGUUUGCCAUAGACUAUUGUGCUGUUUAUUUGGAUUAAGUAAAUGCUGGGAUGGUUUGACAAAUAGUUGACGUGCAAACCUGUGAUUGAUAUAUACUGCUGUAUCUUGCAUCACUCAGGUUUGGUCAUUGUGACGUUUUGUUCCCCAUAAACAGAAACAGAACUAGCUUUAUUUAUGUUCAAUAAAUAAAUAAAUAAAUAAAUAUAUAUAUAUAUAUAUAUAUAUAUAUAUAUAUAUAUAUAUAUAUAUAUAUAUAUAUAUAUAUAUAUAUAUAUAUAUAUAUAUAUAUAUAUAUAUAUAUAUAUAUAUAUGAAAUAAUUUGGCUGAAUAUGCAAAUGUGUGUGGUGUUGCCUCCCCAUUUAUGAUGGACAUCUGCCUGGCCAUCCAGUGUUGCUGUGCUGAAGAUUUGUUGUGGCGUGGUGUCACAGAGGUGGUGGUGGUGGUGGUGGUGGUGCUACUACUACUCUUGUCAUCAUGAUUGAGUAUCAUUGCUAUUCCAUGGCCAGCCAACUGGAUCAGUCUGUUAUAAGAUGCUGGGGUUGGCAGGAAAGUUGCCCUCCCUAAGGUGGCCCAUGACAGCUGUGCCCUGUGAGGGGGCGAGCACAAGUGAUCACCUCUCAAUACCUCUCACUGUGCCAGCCCUCCCUGGCCCUGGGUGUCGGCUUGGCCUGUACUGCUGAUCCUGGCUGCUCAGCUCAGGCAGUGCAGGCACAAUGGUCUUAUCCAUUACUCAGAUUUGUUGAUAAUAAAGAAUUUCUUGUAA